CGAAAAACUGUUGCACAGUUGAAUUAGUGGCGCGCAAGCGUGCAGAUCAACAACGCGAAAAGCUGCAAACCGUUACAAAGCACACAAAAGUUGUUUGAAAAUAUAUAUUGUGUGAAUAAAGUUGUGGUCUUUGCCCAACAGCUGCGUGCAGUGACUUUGAACUUGGCUCGCGCGAAGUGCGUAAAGUGUGCAUAACUCACACCUUGCACAACAAGAACAACAAUUAAACAGCUACAAAUAUUUGCUUGGCAAAAAAUCAACAAACAAAAAAAGAAAUAAAUAAAAUUUUCUACAAUAACAAUAAAAACAAUUGAGCGUGAAAACCCAAGUCAUAACCACUUCCACUUCGCUUUAACGGGCACAGCCGACGGCAGCGUUAGCUACACUCAAACCGCCUACCACCUGCUUACAAGCUGCAACAACUCGCUUAAUUGCAGCGUAACCUGCAACUGCCGAUUUAGCCGCAAAACAAAUACGAAAAUAUGUUUGCGUGUCGCAACUUGGUGGCACUUGUUGCUGCCACCUUCACCUUCGCUGUGCUGACAACCUGUGCCGCAAUUGAACUCAGAACACCAGAUUUGGAAGCGUUCGCAAACUAUGAGGACAUGCGCCGUUACAUUGCGUCGCGCAAUCAACGUUCCAUGCGCUACAUCGAUAAUCCCACGGAAGACACCUACAUCACAGCCUUCAAUGACCAUCACGAACGUUCACGACGUGCCACGAAGACUCAACAGCAAGCACGAAAACUGCCGACUGAGCCACAGUUGGUAAAAUUUGAACUUAGCGAUGCGCUCGAACCCAGUGCCGAAGUGAAAGAACUGAUACGACAGCAUCGCAGUCGUGAGGAGAAGCUCACAACUGCAAUCAGUCCAACCAAUACGGAUGAGAAACAUACAACAACUACCAUCAAAGACUCAGUAAAGACCAAAACUAAUGUUACAACCGCGGCACCAAAGCGUUCUUCACGUGGUACAACUGCAAGGGCUACCAACAACAAGCGCCACAAGCGAGCUGCUUCAAAUAUUCCACUAAAUCGCCAGCAAUUUAAUUUCCAGGUUAAACUUAUACCUUUCGAUAUUUCCGAAGCGCGUGAACCAGACGAGCAAACGAAGGCGCUGAUAAGACGCAUGAGGAAUCUUGAGCUACAAAAGUUAAGUGACGCUGCCGCUGUCAGUACCGUAGCCCCAACUGUAAUACGUGUGCAUCGCAAUGCACCUGCAACCGGUAUCGUGACCGCGCCGCUGCCAACCUUCAAUCCAGGUAAAUACUACCGACAAAAAACCGGCAAGGUCUUCAUGAAGCGUAAGGGUAAGCGCGUAAAGCGUUCAGCGCCACAGAUGAUACGCUUCGAGCUCGAAGAUGCACGCGAACCGAACACGGCUACAUUGGAACAGUUACGUUUGGUACGACAAAGUCGCAUGGAGGUGAACGACCAACGAAAUGCAGACGAAGCCAGUUUUGCAGUUAUUAACAAACGUGAGACACGUAUGGAUACAAAGAAGGUACAGCCGGUGGAGCUGCCUGUUAAAGAGGACGUUGAUGAAGGUGACGACGAUCUGAGCAGUGGCGAGAGCAAGCGCACGUUUGUUUACAAGGAAGCACCCGCCGUGAAGGCAAAAAAGUCUAUUAGUUCGCUGCCAGUAGAGGUGCAAAAGAUCAUCACACAUCUGAUGAAGGAUCAUGGCGCUGGUGGUGGUAGUGCUGCAGCCGGUGGUAAAGCUUAUGUGAAGUAUAUACCGGCACACAUGGUCGAUUAUCGUCAAUUGAAAUCGCUUUAUGGCGCAAAACUCGCCUUACCGCCGACCUAUAGUAUUGGUAGUGGUGGCAGCAAACUAUCGCCCGCAUCCUAUAUAAAAUACUUACCGCCACAUCAGAAGGGUGAACAGUUACAGGUACAAAUCCAUCCAGUACCGGUUGUUGAAAAGAUCCGUUACAUAUAUACACCUGUAGCCGCCGCACCCGCGGGUCACGGUUAUGAUGCUAACUCACAUGCCGCCUUGGCUGCCGAGGAACAAGCUGCAGCACACGCUGCUGCCAAGCAUGCGGUACAAGCUGCUUAUGCCGGUCAAAAUGUGCAUGCAGUCGCCGAAGCGCAGCUUGCACAAGCGGCGCAUGCCGCCCAUGCGGCUCAAGGACAACACAACGUCGGAGUCGCACACGUCGCUGAGAACUAUGGUGGUAAAGCUGUUGCCUUGGAAGGUGGUGGUGGUGAAGGAGGCGGCCAUGAAGGCGCUGCCGUCGCACAUCCAAUUGUAGUACAGGAGGGUGCGGGCGCUGGACAUCAAGUACAACAACAAGCAGCACCGGUGGCAGUACACCACGCCUAUGUCGCCGAUGUCUCACAUGCGUUGCAGGAAGAAGUACCAUCAGCGGUCGCCAUUAAAGCUAUACACUUCCGACCUUCGAAACCGGAUCCACUGCUCAACGAAAAUAAGCUGGCAGAGGCCGCUGGCGGAGAGGUAGGUGCAUAUGGUGGCGGAGGGGGUCAUGGUGGUUAUAAUGCUGGGGUUCAUGGUGGUCAUGGAGGGGGUGAGCAACAAGUUGUGGCGGUAUAUGCGGGUGCACAUGCAGGUGGUGGUCACGCUGGUGGUGAACAAGCAAGCGUUGGUCAUGCCGCUGCGGCGGAGCAGUAUAAUUAUGACGUAGGUCAAGCCGCAGCACAGCUACAGAAAGUAGCUGAAGUACCGCUGGUAAAAAUUGAAUACCAUGGUCCAGCGGAUGAUGUAAAACAAAAUUUCAAAGAGCUACCCGAAUUCAAGCAGCUCUCCACAUUGGUCGGCAAAUCAACCGAAGAUCAAAUACACGGUCUCACCUAUCUGUUGGCCAAAGAGAUGCAGAACAAAUUGAAGCUACAACGUAAAAAUAUCUACAUUGCUGCUGGUCCUGGCGCACACACCAAUACCGCUCCGAUAGUUUUCCCGCUCGAGCAUCAGCAGGCAGCCGAAUUAAAGCAACAGCAAGUUCAAGCUCAUGUUGGUGGCAUUCAUGGGCGACUGAUCGGCAUGGCCAAGUCCAAGGAAUACAUACCAAUUGUGGAGAAUGGACCUGCAGCCGAGCAAAAAGUAGCUGCCAGUGGUGCUGGUGGUGAAGGCGGUGGUCAUGAUGAAGUGCAACAAAUAGCCAUCCCUGCCCCAAAACAAUAUAUAGCAAUCAGAGUUGAACCGAAAGCGCCACUGCCAAACUCAUUUGUUGAGUAUGGACUCUCGCCAAACUAUCAGGGUAUGAAAGGUUUGGAAGUAGGUGCAGCAGGCGGCGUUGGUGGUGAGAAAACUAAAUUGCUGGUAGAACAAGUUAUACAUCAUCCGAAGCUGCAAUAUGGUGCCGCUGGAGCUGAACAUGCGAAAGCACUUGUGGCGGAAGCUGAACUACAUGGCAACGGUGCAUCCAGUGAGCAGAGCUUAAGCUAUGGCGAUGGGCUGCAAUACGCCGCAAAGUAUGCAUUCGGCUAUCGUAUACGUGAUUUUAAUACCGGCAAUGAUUUUGGCCACAAACAGAAUCGUGAUUUGGAUGGUGUGACGCGCGGUCAAUAUCAUAUUUUAUUACCGGACGGACGUAUACAGAAUGUCAUUUAUCAUGCAGACGAUACGGGAUUCCAUGCGGAUGUCAGCUUCGAGACGGGACACUGAGCCGGGUGUCGGGUGCGCCACAAAACGUCAUCCAUACACACACACAUACAGAAGUAAGCAAUUCAGUCAAUUUAAACCAAUUUCCAGCAUACAAUGCAAGCCAAAAAUACAGGGUGUGACAGUUAGAGCGCGGGGAGGCGGUAUAUAAGAGAGAUGCCAAGCAAAAAAGCAGCAAUUUUCUGAAAAAAAAAAUCACAGUUUGGCUGUAGUGCUGACAAAAACAGUGGUGUCAACAACACCAGCAAUACCAACAACAAUAACAACAACAAACGACAAUAUGCAGCGGCCACAAAAACGGCGCCGCAACAUUCAUUGAUUGGCAUCGCGGUUUUCACGGCUCAAUUCGAUUGCGUUUGCGUAUUGGCCGACUACAACAACAACAAAUAAUAACAACACUCGUGGGUAUGCGUGUGUGUUUGGUGCUUAUUAUUUACUUUUUCUUGCAGUUGCAUAAUAUUAUUGCAAUUCGGCAGGCUGGCAACAAUGAAACCAUUUGACAUACAUAGUUGUUAUUAAUAUUAGCUGUGUUUGUGUUGUGUUUAAAGGCUCUCAUUUAUUGAUUUUGGCACAAAAUUUUAUUGCUUUUGUUUUCUUGUUGUUGUAUUUAUUUUAUGUGUUUGUUAUUGAAACUGAAAAAAAUAUUCAUUAAACUCAUGUUUAUUUUUAUAAAUCAUGAGUUCUAAUUACUAUUUUAUUUCUCAUUUUAUUGUUGUAAAAUGUGUAGAAUUUUUAUUUUUAUUUUUUGAAGCACAAGUUUGAAAUAAAAAAUUUAUUAAAUUAACAAUUUCAUUGAUUUUAACAAAACAAAAUAUUUUUUCGAUUCUGUUACUAAACUCUGCCUUGUAAAAUGUAGAAAAAAUUAAUUAAAAUUCCAUAUUAAUGGAAAAAAUAUAUUUAAAAUUUAUUCGAAAUUUUUUUUAAAUAUUUUGUCAACUCUAGAGGUUAGGAAAUAUCAACAUUAGUCAUGUAAUAAAGUGUUUAAUUUAAUCAAAAAAAUUCACAAUUUUUUUCUAGAAGAACAAAUCCAAAUUAGAAGAGAGAAUCCAAAUAAAAUAACAAAAUUUAAAACUAAAUUUUUGUCUCUUAUUAAAAUUUCUUUUAUUAAAAAUUUAAAAACUUAUUUAUUAUUACACCCCAUUGGGGGUAUAAUAUUGAGACUUCCACUUCACUAUUGCUGUCUUUUGUAAGCCUCAUCUGUACUCUCACAGAAUUAAAUAAUUUCAUCAAAUAAAAAUGAAAUAAAUGUUGAAAAAAGUUUUUUUUAAUAUUAGAAAAAAAAACAAUAAAUAAAUAUUUCUUGAAUAAUUUCAUUUUUUGAAGAAAUUAAAAUUAUUUAAAUCACAAAUUAAUAAUACAUAUUUAAGAUGAUGACAAAAAAUCAAUAAUUUCAAAAAUUUCUGUUUGGUUAACUUUGUAAAAGAUUUAUAGCCUUUUUACGCAGGAGCUAAUUGAUCAAUUAACCGGCCUCCCCCAUCAAAUGCAACCCUGCGACAAAGACGACUAUUCAUGUCGCUGCUAAAAAAAUUAAUCAGCUGAUUAAACAAAAACAAAAAUGUAUAACAGCUGAUCGGUUAUCGAGUAGCCGCCAGUAUAAAAGGCAAAAAAGAGUUUCUCAAUAAAAAUAUUAAUUAAUCGAUUAAUUUGGCUGUCUAAAAACGCUAUAAAAAAGAAUGUCCUGUGCAUUUAUUAUUGAAAUUGUCUAUACUAUAAAUAUUUUAAAAUUAUUUUUAUUUUUAAAUUUAAAAACCUAAAAAAUUAAAAAAAAAAUAAUAAUUUUUUCCGAUUUUUUUCUAAAGCAAUAAAAUUAAAAUUAAAAUUAUUAAUUUUCCUAGUGUUCGUAUUGAUUAAUAUUACAAUUACUAGAAAAUUUAACUAUAUUAAACUUAAAAAAGAUAUAUUUUUUUAUUUUAAAUAAUAUGUUCCGAACAAAAGAUAUUUCAAAAUAAUUUAAAAUAAAGUUCGAAUUUUUCCGCCAAAAUCAUAACAAUAGCCACAUUUUAACCCCAUCACUGAUAAAUAUUUCAUCAUCACUGAAAUUCUGGUAAUUUUUUAACACUACUGUAAAAUAAAUAUUGUUGAUUAUAAUGAUUUUAUUUAAUUAUUAUAAAAUAAAUAACAAGCGAAUAUCACAUACAAUAGCAAUUUUUUCCUCUAAAAAAACAUUCAUCAUCAUACCAUACACAAAAUAACUGUUCAUUUGCUUCACCAUUUUCACUAAUUAUUUUCGCUACACUGCUAAUGAAUUUGCCUGCUACAAUAUAUUGCAACACUUUCGAGUAUGUGUGCUAGUGUUUUUUGUUUUUCAAAUUUUUUUUAAGCUUUUUGUAGUUGCAACAUUUUUCGUUUCUUCUCUGCCAGCUAUUAACCGUACAGAAAUUACGAAAAUUAAAUUAAAAAUGCAAUAAUACGAAAUGCAAUUAUAAACUGUAUAAAGUUGACAACAACCAAAUAUAGUGAGCGCGAGCAAGAGUUGAAAAGUCAGCGAGAGGCGCUGCAGCAAAAAUAGCAAUAAUCAAAUUAUUUGACUUAAUUUGGUGUAAAUUCGAUUUUUCACUGAUUAACUGUAAAAAAAAUUCCGUAAAUCGUGGUGAAAUAAUAUGAUUACAGUUUUUUUUUAAUAAUGGCGAUUUAAAGAUAUUUCAAUAUUUAAACAGAAUUAAUUUAUGCUGAAUUUUAUUAAAAUUUAUUACUUUUAAAUUGUGUCCAUUCAUUAUUUUUUAGCAAUUUCUUUCAAAAUGUUUAAGAAUUAAAGGUUUCGGUGUUCUUAAAUAUUUUGCAUAAGUAUAAAUAAGUCUUCGAAAUUGUAUGUAUUUUAGUAUCUAAUAUUGUUUGGUAGUAAAUAAUUUUAUUAAAUAAAACAACAUGAAAAUAUUUCUAAUAAUUUCUAGAUUUUUUUAUUAUUUAUUUUAAUCUUAAUCAAUUAUUAUUUUUCAUUUUUCUAGAGAGAUUUUAUAUUUCAUUAACUGUAUUUAUUAAUACAUAUUUUACUAAUAUUACUACUAAUUGUUAUUGCGGAUUCUAUAAUAUUCCAGUUUAUUACAAUUUUUCAUUUUAAUAGACCUUUCAAUACAUUUUAAUAAUUAAGCCAUUUUGAUCUUCACAAAUAAUUUCUAUGUGCAAUACUAUAAUUAAUAUUUUGUUAUUACUUUGUUAUGAAAAUAUUAUUUCACAAAUUAUAUAUAUACUUGUGUAUUUGUA